CAGCGUUUUCAAAACGAUCCGAAACAAAUCUUUUCAUUCUAAUUACAUCAAUACCCCUCUGCUGGAAGUUGGGACCUGCCAUUCUUCUUCCCUAUUCCUCUGCAAAACUAUUCAUUUUCUUAAAGAAAAUUCGAUUCCGAUGAUCAAGAAACCCUAAAAAUUUAUGAUUCAGAGAGACGAUGAGGUCUUCGAUUGAUUACUUUACGUUGCUGAAGUUUAAAUUGAUCAAUGGAAUCAGAAAAGAAAGUAUUAGUAUCUUCAAAUGGAGACGUCAAAGUAAUAGAAUGGGAAGAUUUCGAACAAGAACUAGCUAGAUUAUGGAGUCUUUCUUCUGCUUUAAAAAAAUCUAAAGAAAAGAAGGAUUUGCUUCAGCAAAAGCUUGAAUCACUCAUUCAGGUUAGGUCUGAACAAUUAAAUAGGUCGAAUGAGUUAGAAGUGAUGAAACAAAAAUUAGAGGCAAAAAGAUUGGUGAUGGGAAAUUCAUUAACUAGGUCAAAUGUUAUAGCUGAGGAUGUGAGAAGUCAAAAAGAGCAUCUUAUUGUUUCAAUUAAAUCAUUAUUGGUUGCUGGGAGAGGUCUUUCUGUAUCUAGCAAUCAGUUGCAGGAAGCAUAUAGGUUACUGUCUGGAGAGAGGGGUCAUGUCCGUUUAAAAAAAUUGCAGAAGAUGCUGCAAAUGAGACAACAAUAUAUGGUUGCACAAGUUUCAUUUCUAUAUCCUGUAAAAGCCUCAGCUGCAUUGACAAACGGGGAAAAGCUCGAUUCAUCUUCUACGAGUAGUCAAAUAGGGAAUCCUGUUGGCUCUAAAUCUUUUAAGCCAGGGACUUUGACCAUUUCAGGUCUGGCUGUGAGUGGACUAUCUUUAAAGAAGACGAGCUUUUUCGGCGAUAAGAAGGAAGUUCAGAAGUCUGCUACUGCACUAGGAUAUGUUGCACAUGUUGUUUCGCUUAUAGCUUCUUAUUUAGAGGUUCCUCUGCGAUACCCUUUGCGCCUUGGAGGUUCACAUUCAUACAUUCAUGACUAUGCCCCUUCAGUUGAGCUGUUGACAUCUACUUCAACAUCAGGCUCUGCCUUACUUUCUAACUCAAAACCUACCGAGUUUCCUCUUUUUCUAGAAGGACAAGACACCACCAGAGCAGCUUAUGCCAUAUUCUUGUUGAAUAAGGAUUUAGAGCAGAUACUGAAUUUUAUAGGCGUCGAGAGUUUGGGACCACGACAUAUCCUGGCCAAUUUAAUGGAGCUUUUGCGGACAAUACAAUCUCAGUAAUAUGCGAGAUAAGUGAGUUACUUCUGAUCCCCAAUUAAAGAUUCUUGACCGCAACUAGUAAAUGCUGCUGGAUUAUUCAUCAACUAUUCUACUCUAAAGCCUCAUCUGUUAGUAGUGCUGUUAUAUGCUAUCUAUCUUGGCAAUGUGUGGCAAGAAGGAUUUUCGUUUCCAAACGGGCAUUUGAUCAGGUGGCUAAUGUAAACAUAGAAGAUGGGCACCCUGGCUUUUUUCUUACCAGGGUCCGUUCUUGUAAACAAAAUCUUCAUUUUGCAGAUAUAAAAAUGAAUAAUGUAGUUUACAUGAUUUGAAGUGCACCAGGUUUGAAUCAUCA